AGUUUAAGAACUGUUUUGUUUGGGAACACCUUCCACAUAUUCAACUAUGAGUGGAAGAAAUCAUUUUUCAAGUUCCGGGAGCCUUUCUCUGAGAUGGCGUAUGCUCUGGAAACUGAGAGGGGAGGAGCGUGUGCUGUUCAGAUGGUGGUUCAGGCUCAUAUUAUUAAAUACUUGCUCUUCAAUCGGUCAGCAGAAUCAGACUGUACAAUUCAGAGUAUGAUGACUGUAGGAGAGAUGGAGCAGAGGAAGGCACUGGCCGCUGCUCUGACUGAUAUCUUGUGGGCCGCUGGUGAGGAGGAGACAGUCACCGUGUGUUUGGUGACGUCAGAGCGCUGCUUCACGCCACACCUCAACUACAAACUGGACAGCUUCACUGAGAGAUUGCAGCUUUUCACCUUUAAGAAGAAAGAAGAAGCUAGAGCAUUCAUAUAUGAGCAUAUCCAAUGUUUCAGGGAAGAAGGAAGCCAUGGAAUCAUACUCUUUCUUUAUAGUCUUAUCUUCUCCAGGACAAUCGACAGGAUACAGACAGACUUGGAUUGUACCACUACACAACUUUUGCAUCUUCGCUUUGGGAAUUUUGUUUGUCGACAGGCUUUAAUUAACCUGCUGUUGACGGGCCGUGCGACUCCUCAUGUCUUCAAUGGUACAUCCCAUUGCAAAGAGCAAGACAAACCUCUCUAUGGUGUUCUGACCCGCAGCAAUGUCGGAUAUCUGCUCUGGAACAGGGAUCAAGUCAACCACGCACAGCUCCCACUGGUGGGCAGCAUGCUGAAAACCCCCAAGCUGCCUAUCUGGGUGUGCAACAUCAAUGGCACCUACAGUGUUUUGUUCGGCACAAACUGUUCACUGCUGUCUGACUGGAAGAUGGAGCAUCUUUUCCUGCUGUAUUUCUACAAUGGCCAACCGACUCAGCUCAACACAACAACACUCUCUAUAGAUACACAUUCCCAUCACUGGGAGGCUGACAGUAAUGACAGUCAGGGAGACCCAGAGAAAAAGUUCCCAUCUCUGGAGAUGACCAUCCGGACCAAGUGGGAAGGUGCUGUCAUUGACUGGAAUGGGACGGUGCCUUUUUUCUGAAGGAUUCAGGAGUGCCUGAUAUAUAGACAAGUAGACUACCUCUUCCGCAAUUGAGUUGAUUAUACUGGUUUUAAUUAUUGCCUUGUAAAUAUUAUUAUUGCCUCUAACAACACACCAGUUUGACCAUAAUAACCAACAAUAUGUAGGGUGACCAUACUUCAGUUUGCAAACAAAUGUGUAAAAACCAUGAUGAAGUAUAUCUUGGAGGCUGUUUUCGCAGAAUGAAUCCAGAUAGGUUUAUCGACUGAAGGGCUUUAUUCUGUGUAAACAACUAUCCUGGAUGUACUUUUACCUUCUUAUUACAUGGCUACUUGCAACAAAUCAUAAAAACUAGACACAAAACAUUGUUCAGAGCCGUAAUGCUUUAUAAUUCUGUAAUUAAACACAAAGCUGACAGAAACGAAAACAGCUGAGUGGAGUAUACACUAACCUGCGCAUUAUUCAGUUCAGUUAAAUUCGAUUUAUGUUUAAUUCUUUAGCGCUUUUACAAUGUUGAUUGUGUCAAAGCCGCUUAACAUAGAAGUUGUAGCUAAUUGAAG